GGAUUUAUACACAAUAAACAUUAUUACAGCAGUGGAAUAUUUGUUUGUUGUAGUGUCCCAUAUAGAUUUGUACGUUUUGGCGCGUUUUUGUGCUGUGGAGGGAUACUGCUGCGCCGUGGUGGUAUAUACUGAAAUGGGUCUCGCCGCCACACCUACGGAUCUUGUAUACUAUGGUAGAUAACGGAGUGCCAGCAAAUGUGCAGUACGUUUACAGACGGCAGAAUAAUUACAGUAGUUUAUCUCGUUGGAAUUUAUCAAAACACGAAAACGUCUUCUUCCCUUUCUCAUACCCCUGAAAUAAUAAAGAUUCUGCCAGAAUGCUGCAGAGUUUCUCCCAGUCACUAGACUGGUUCUACUCAGAGCCUCUCUUGUUUGAUGAUGAAUUCUGCCAGAGCUUGAUGAAGGACCUACAGUCGCUCCCCACGCCACCCCAGUCCCCUCCAUUGAAGACUGGACUCCAUGCCAAACCACUUUCCAAGGAGGACCAGUUGAGCUACGUCUCUGACAUACUCCUGGAGGAUCAGGACCCGCAACUAAAUUGGAAUUGUGACUUUUUGUACGAUGGCGGCGCAACAGAGACAAAGGACCAACAGCCAGAUGAGUCCGACGACUGUUUAUGGCAUUGCCUCGGUGAUAAGUCUAUGGAGAAGCUAUCAUCUGUGCUCUCCAGCAGCCCGCUGCUCUCGGACAUAGACACAAGCAUUUUUGAGGAAAUUGCCGGCUCCACACUAGACUGCCACAGUGCGGCGCUCGCAUGCCAAGCUUUGGAGAAUGAGGAUUUACUAUUGGACAGUCAGGAGCAAGGCAGCGAGUCGACUUCAGACUACGGCUCAGCAGGAGGUGAAUUCUCAACGUAUUCGAGCAGUGCCAGUGAUUCUGAGGAGGAGAUAGACGUGGUGACAGUGAAGAGGACCACCAGCCCCUCCUCCCUCUCCCAGUCGGUAGAAGAGAGCCGGCGGCGGCAGCGCGCCCUAAAGCGGCAACACCUGGAGAUCCAGCUGCAGCACAACUACGCCGCCCCCUGCCCUGCAUCGCCCCUCCACUCCGAGCCCUCGUCCACUUCCUACCACAAGCGUACCCGGUCCUCCGACUCCCACAGACACCACCAUCGCAGCUCGUCGGGCCGCUCGUCGCGACACAACCUCAGCAGUCAUCAACACCAGUCUAGCUCUAGGCAGUCGACUGAUGUGGAGGAUGAGGAGGAGAGGAGGCAUACCCACAACGUGAUGGAGAGGCAACGGCGCAACGAGCUGAAGAACUGUUUCCUGCGGCUCAGGGACAACGUGCCUGAGCUGUCCAACAACGACAAGGCCUCCAAGGUGGUCAUCCUGAAGAGGGCUUGCGACAGCAUCCGUGGCCUGGAGCUGGCGGGCCAGAGACUGAAUGACAAGCGAGACAAGCUCCGAGAGAGGCAGGAGCAGCUCAAAGUUAAACUGGAGCAGCUCAGGACGCAAUGGUGUGACUGACGAGAUGAGGCGCAAAACUAAAGCAUUUAGAGAUAGAUGAUUUUAAAAAUACUGGUCUUGACUUGAUGCUGCGCACACUCAAUGCAUGGUCUUAUCCAUCCACUGUGGUGACUGUUUAAGAAUUGAAAGUUGCUGAGAGACGGUUAACCCCAUAUCAGUAAAAUAAAUAAAGUUUGGUUUGGAACAACAGGUCCAUGUUCAGCCUAGUACAAUAAUGUUAGUCAUGUUAGUGAAAAAUGGACCUUGUGUAUAUACAGUCUCUUCCACAUUCCCCAUAUGUUAUGAAAUUCCCACUGGGUAGAAAUGUCUAUUCCAUGUUGGUGCAGCAUUGAAAUGACAUGGAAACAACGUUGAUUCAUCCAGUGGUUUGGUUCUUUUGCUGUUUUUUGUUUUGAUUUUUUUGGGCUGGAUCCAAAGUUUAAAAAAUUAAGGGGUUGAAUGUAAUGUAUGCCAAUUAUUGCCAUUAAUUACUAAAACUGUUAAUUACUACUUCCAUUUACUCACGUGAACUUUAAAGUCCUGACCUGUUAAGAAUGUGGUGUUAUUGUGGAACAAUGCCUCACGCCUUAACUCAUUCUGUUAUGUUUUAUUAAAAGCAUGACUUACUGUACUCUACCUCAAACAGGUCUGAAACCUGAGAAUUUGUUUGCUCUCUUGGAAGCAACUAUAUAUAGAUUUAGUUGUAUAUAUUUUGGUUUUAUUGUAUCAUAAAUUAUUUUAGUAUUUUUUUUGGGGGGUGGGGGGGUUCAUUUGCAAGUUAAGGUUCUGUUUAUCAGCAGCACUUUGUUUUUUUAUAAUGUAAUAAAGA